UUAGGGUUUGAAUACCCUUUGCGGCAUUUGUUUCUGUGAAUUUCUAUCCAAAUUUCAUUUUUUUAAUCUGCAUUUUUAUCAAUAUUUAAAGCUGAUGGUGGGAUUUUCGUGCUAUUUUGGUGGGAUUUCUUUCCUCUUGCAUAAAGGCAACAUGUAAUCUAAAUGUGAUUCCAGUUUUCUCUCUGAUAUUGAUAAAUCAGGUUAUCUAAUGUUGUGUCUCUCUCUCGCCACUGCUUAUGGGCCACUCUGAUUUCUUGAUUUUGUUGUUUGCUGUCGGUGUGCGGUGUACUGCAUAUAUUACAGCUGCUAUUAUCGCAUCAUUACGGCUAGUCAAUUCCUUGUGCUCAUUCUGACUAAGUGAAGAAGGUUGGCAAUUGGGAAAAACUAUCAUGGGCUAUGCACAACUGGUUAUUGGUCCUGCAGGCAGUGGGAAGUCAACCUACUGCUCUAGCCUGUACCAGCAUUGUGAAACCCUUGGACGGUCAAUACAUAUUGUGAACCUAGAUCCUGCUGCAGAAAAUUUCGACUAUCCAGUAGCCAUGGAUAUACGAGAGCUCAUUAGUUUGGAUGAUGUUAUGGAGGAGCUUGGAUUGGGUCCAAAUGGGGGCCUUAUGUACUGCAUGGAACAUCUUGAAGAUAAUCUUGAUGAUUGGUUGAAUGAAGAAUUGGACAAUUACUUGGAUGAUGACUAUCUGGUGUUUGACUGCCCGGGUCAAAUUGAACUUUUUUCACAUGUGCCUGUGCUCCGCAACUUUGUGGAGCACUUGAAGCGUAAGAACUUUAAUGUUUGUGCUGUAUACUUGCUUGAUUCCCAGUUUGUCACGGAUGUUACUAAGUACAUAAGUGGAUGCAUGGCAUCACUUUCUGCAAUGGUCCAGCUUGAAUUACCUCAUAUUAAUAUCCUCUCCAAAAUGGACCUUGUAACAAACAAGAGGGAGGUUGAAAAGUACUUGGAUCCAGAGCCGCAUCAUCUACUGUCGGAGUUGAAUGAGCGGAUGGCUCCUCAGUUUAAAAAGCUAAACAAAUCUUUGAUUGAACUGGUGGAUGAGUAUAGCAUGGUCAGCUUUAUUCCCCUUGACUUGAGGAAGGAAAGCAGCAUAAAAUAUAUAUUGGCGCAAAUUGACAACUGCAUUCAAUAUGGUGAAGAUGCUGAUGUGAAGAUCAGAGAUUUUGAAGAAAAUAACGAUGACGAGUAGGCCUGUUGGUGCUGCGGAAAAAGCAUUAUCUUUGUUCAGAAUUUUCCCAUGUAGAUAACUGAAGUGAAAACCGUAUGAAAACUGGAAUUUGGAAAGAUGACACAUUGAACUAAAUAUUUUGGUGCCAUGAAUGCAUCACUUUCCGGA